GGCUGGCCAGACUUGGCCCGAUCCGACUUGUUUUGAGUGGUGGUCAUCCACGAGCAAAUCGUCCUCGGAGAAGCUGCAUCUGGUCACAGGAUGAGGUCAAAUCCGACACUAUGAUCCAUUGGAGACGAAUCACCGGGUCCACCCAUCGUUGGCAGAGAGCCUUUUCCAAUUGUUCAACUCAAUUCAGUCCAACCCCAGAGAUCAAGUCGGAGUUUGACCAAAUUGGACCGCCUCAUCGAAUUUCCAACUUGCGGCAGUACAAAUUGCAUCGACCGCAGAAUGAGAGUCCAUUGCAUCGGCGAUACAGAGAACUGAGAGAGGACACGUUCAAAUGGAGUCAUCAAUUCUGGCAAGAGCAUAACGAGCAAUUUACCAACGAAAGGGCGGAAUUCAUCAAGAAGCUGCUACGCGACCACUAUCCGGAUGAGCCUGACAAAAGCACCAUCAGUGCUAGGGAGAUGUCUGUGUUUUACAAGAACUUUUUAGACAAGAAAUGGUCGUCUCACCUCAAGUUUAAUUGGGAGUGGCAAAAGCGAAACUUCUCCAUUGUGUGCCUGUCCCUUCUGGUCCGUUUAGAGGCCUUGAAAGGCUCACAAAAGUAG